CAAACACUACAUAAAUAAAUUAAAAAACCGUCCAUCUCUGCAAUCCUUCAAGGAGACAGAGAACAGAACCAAAGGCCUGAAGAAACUGUCCGUCAGGACAAAUUUCCAUUAUUAAAUAGCAUUGUAAUGGAAACAAUUACAGGUAUUCAAAAGCCAGAGGCUGUUUCUCAUCUCCGAGAAGGUAUCAUUUUGCUUCUUUCAGGAUGGAAUGGUUUGCAGAUGGCCGUUAAAAACCAGUGGGGCGGCCGUGAUUCUCUCCAGAAAUCUCAUCAGCUUGUCUCCGAUAUCCUGUCUUGGUUCUUACAUUCCAGAGGGCCACUUUAUGUUGAGGACUUGGAGAAUUUGCUUCAUGAAAAUCUGUUGCUUUCUUUCAACACUGAGAUCGAAGAUGGUAGUCUUGAAGAGGUAGCAGAAGAGCUGAUAAUGAUGUUGGAAGAAUACGUGCAUAGGAUUGGUUAGUUGACAAGGUUUAUGUAUUGUGUCCUAACAUAAAUUGUUGGCCUGAGCUUUGAGGUGAUAUAAUUAAGCUGUCUUGAUUUUUAAGCUUAAAUUAUGGGAACGUGCAAUUUGAAUCCAUAAUCACCCUUGCCUUUUGGGGCAUCGCAUUUAUGUCUGUGACUGUACCCCGCUGAUAUAGUGAUAUGUAAUAGUGGUAGGGAAUUCAUGUAAUAAUACUAAUAGAACCUUAUUUAUUGAAGAGAAAACUUAGCUAA